AUGUCAUUGGUUAACAAUGAAUUUGAUAAAGAUAAGGGAAAUAAGAAGGAUCUAGCAUUCAAAGCUAGCACAAGAGCUCAAAAGAGAAAUGAUAUCCCAAGUGGUGAUGAUGACCAAGAUAGAGCGCAAAGUGAAGAUGGUGAUGUGGCCUUGAUCACCAAACAUGUGAAGAGGAUUCCAGAGGCAAAGACAAGAAGAAGCUACAAGCCUUCUACCAACAAGAAAUCUUCCUCCAAGCUUAAAUCAAGUAAGGACAAGAAGGAUGAUGUGUGUCUUAAAUCCACAAGCACAAACCCUCGGUAUGUCGAUAGUGGAUGCUCAAGGCAUAUAAGGGGAGACAAGAGCCUCUUUGUGAAUGUCAAGAAUUAUAGUGGAGGCAAAUUCACGUUUGGUAAUGAUGUCAAGAGUAAGGUAAUUGGCAUCAGUUCUAUUGGAAAGAAUGAUUGCACUCUCAUUGAUGAUGUUUUCCUAGUUGAUGGAUUAAGACAUAAUUUGUCAAGUGCGCUAUUCAUGGCUCGUGGUCGCGAUAUGCCCAAUUGCUUCAACGGUCAAGUUGAUUAUAAAAGUAGAAUUUACGACAUGCUUGUGGCAGUUGCGAUUUACAAGGCAAUAUUGGAAAAUUGA